AUGGAAAAAAUUCAGACAGGCAAAAAAUAUAAUCAAACCUCCUCAGCUCAGACAAAAUUGUGGGUUCGACUAGUAGAUGACUCGCAGGACUGGUGGUUAGGACAUGGUGGAGCUGAGGAGAGGGUAGCGAAGACAGAGGGGCACUUGGCCUUAAUGGCGAAGGUGUGGGUGGAUGUGAUGAUGAGGGGAGAAGGGGAAAGAACGUGGCGACGAUUGUACCGCGUAGAUCUAGGGUUGUGCGGUGAUGGUCACGACCAGGGGCGUGGUGUGACCGCGAAGCUUAGGGGUGCAGGCCGUGAAUAG